AUGUAUAUAUUUACUGACCCGUUUAUAUCUCGAUUAUAUAUAGUGGUGGUUGUACCUGAAUGUUCUCCUGAUUUGAAGCUCGUCGUCGGUCAGAAAUUCCAAUCCCUAAAUUUCGCUUUUGCUUUUUACGAUGUAUAUGCCCGCGCUGUUGGUUUUGAUACUCGCAAACAAGGGAUGCGGAAGGCGGACGAUGUCACAACCUGGUAUUAUGUUGUAUGCAAUAGGGAAGGCCAGAAAAAGUCGAAUAAGGAUGACCAAUUGAAUGCACUGUCUGGUUUUUCUAUGAAGCGCAGACGGUUAUCCAAGCGUUGUGGUUGUAAAGCUGGUAUUUUGUUCAAGUUCUUCGCCGAAGGAGGAUUAGCAGGUUAUAUUAUUCAGGAGUUCAACGAGGCUCAUAACUAUUAUAUGGUUAAGUCAGAGCAUCAGCAAUUUAUGGCGAUUAAUCAAAAGUUGGAUGAUGUACAUCACAAAUUCAUUCUUGACUGUUCCAAGGCUAAUAUAGGCACCGCACUUACCUUUAAGGUGUUGAAGGAAAUUCUUGGAGGGUUUGACCUUGUCGGUUGCACUGCCGGGGAUAUCAGGAAUGCUUCUCGAGACAUUAAAGCAUACGCUCAUGGAUUCGAUGUGCAAAUGGAGUUGGGUGAUAUGGCUAAGAAGAAGGAAAUGUCUGAGGCGUUCACAUAUCAUUACGAAGUUAAUGCUACCAACCAGUUGGUUGCUCUCUUUUGGUGUGACGGUUUGAUGAAUAGGAAUUACCACAUAUUUGGUGAUACUGUGGCCUUUGACUCCACGUACAACACAAAUAGGUAUUAUAUGAUCUUCACUCCUUUCACGGGAAAUGACAAUCAUGGAAGGCCUGUAACCUUCGCCACCGGAUUGGUAUGCAACGAGAAAACAGGGGCAUUUGCUUGGUUGUUCAGACAUUUCGUUGAAUGUAUGGGUGUAGCACCCAAGAUGAUCGUGACAGAUAAAGACUUGGGCAUGAGAUCAGCUAUUGAAGAGAUUCUUGUUGGCACUCGACACCGAUGGUUGCUGAGGGACGAAGAUUUCAAGAAGGAGUUCAAUGCCUGCGAUUGGUCGGACCUGCUCGAACCUGACGAAUUUGAAGAGGAGUGGAAUAGUGUGAGAUUUUCCGAAUCGGAGAACAGCUUCUACAAAAAAUUUUUGAAGCCCCGAGCUAACAUUGCCGAAUUCUACUUGAAUUUCAACCAUGCCGUAGAAUUCCAGCGGAACAGUGGAACAACGUUGGACUACCACGAUGCCACUGCCCUGCCCAUAUUGGCCAAUGCUUUGCCAUUCGAGAAACAUGCUUCCACGCUGUACACCGAUAGUAUGUUCAAGAAAAUACAGGAAAAAAUUGUUGAGGGUAAUGACAGAUGCCGCGUGCUUGGAUUUUCAUCUACAGACAUGGUUGACACCUACGAGCUUGAGGACAACAAUCACAAUUCGUAUUUUGUGCGUCACCAUAAGACUGAUGACUCAUACUCGUGCGAAUGCAAACUUUUCGGUAGGCAGGGUUAUUUGUGCAGCCAUAUCUUUUUUUUGUUCCGGAACAAUGAAGUGAAAAAAAUCCCAGAUAAAUACUGCGAGAGUAGAUGGAUGAAGACUCCAUUAGCCAAGGCAGUACAUGGGGAGUUUGUUGAUGCCCUGCCUAACAGGUCCAUCGUUGACGAUAGGCAAACUGUUUCAAAGCAAGCGAUUUCGAUGUUAUAUGGUGGUGUGGAAGAACUUGGUAAUUUUCUUCAAGCUGGAACUCCGACAACAUCCGCCUCUGAAAAAAAGCUGAUGAUUGAAGAGUUUUAUGGUAUGGUAAGGCCUGAAGUAGUUGAGGUCCAUCCUCCGCAUGUCGUGAAGACUAAGGGCCACGCUAGCAGCUCAGCGAGCCGUCUGAUUUCCAAGAGAGAAAAGGCUAUAAAGGAUGCUACUAGGCCUCUUAGACGGUGUAAGGCGUGCGAUGAGAUGGGCCAUCACGACUCUCGAAAUUGUCCAAUGCUUAACGAGAUAGUGAUGGAGAAAGAGAUGCGGAAGGGCAAGAGGCUAGCUUGA